ACCACAACACAGAAUAAACUAAUGCAAGGUUAUCUAAGGUGAAACAAAGCUUUUUCUAUGGAUUCUUUUGAAUUUAAAACGAUAUCAAAAUUCCAUCCAUGAGAGUUGUGCAUUUUCAUUUUUUUUUCCCCUCUAGCUUUAGUUUCCUUUCUUGGGAAGCAAAACUAGCAGAAACAAAGGCUCAUGUUUCGUGAAACAGGAAACUGUGACCACACCCCUUACUGAGUGCAUAAAAGUAGCCCCCAGUGAUUUCUGUUCCAUUACACCACAAGAGCAAAGGGUGGUACAACAUGUUUGCAUACAAGUUCAGGAGCCCUAAGAAAUGUAAGGAUUGACAGACAAUAUUUUUUUACAUUCUUCCUGAAGUGUUGAGCACUGCACAAAAGCUCCAGAAAAAUAAAGAAAAAAUCUUCAGAGAUGGAGUGGCACGAACAACCUUAUAACAACUGGACUGAAUCUGAUGUGGGAUCCUGGCUGAAAUCCAUUGGUAUCAAAGAAAUAUACAUAACAAAAAUGACUGAGGAGGAGGUGACCGGACCAGUUCUAUCAACAAUAAAAAGAGAGUAUCUAAGCAGCACCAUUGGAAUGAAAAGUGCACAAAUUGAGCACCUGUUAGAAAAAAGGGAUGAACUUUUGAAAACAAAUCAGCCAGAUACCAAGAAAAAGGGUGAAUUCAAAGGUAAAAGAAGAGAAAAAGAAGUGUUAGUGUCAUCAAGAGAGCAUACCAUACAGAAACCGCAGGAGAAAGCAGAGGAAGAAGUUGUUGCUGUUGUGGUUAGUAAUGAGUCAAACUCUGAAGCUACAUUCUGUGAUUAUCACAAAUUUGACCAGAAUGAGAAGGACUACAGGUAUGUAAAGCAUCACUUGCUUCCUCCAGAGACUGGAACUGAAGACUUGAUAAUUCCAUGUCACGAAUACAAGUCUCUGGAGAUUGCACACAAACUUGACUCACAAAGACUUAAAGCUAAGGUGGCAAAUGAAGUUCUGCGUUUUGCUUGUGGAUGUAUGAACAUGAGAACAAAUGGAACGAUUCAUUUUGGAAUAAUGGAUAAAAACAAAGGCCAUCACAAGCAUGGAGAAAUCAUAGGAAUACCUUUGAGGAACAGAGAAGACUUUGUGGAUGCAUUGGAUUAUAUUGAAAGAUGUUUUAAAGACUCAAAUCAACAAAUCGAAGCCAGGCAUUGCAUAAGGAACCCAAGAUUUGUUGAGGUCUGCAACAAGGACAAGGAAACUGUGGAGAAAACCUGGGUUGUUGAAUAUGAUGUUAUCCCAAAAGCAAGCAUUGUAAAGAAUAAACUUUACUCUGUUGGUCUCCCAAAUUUCCAUGAGAAAGAAGGCAAAGUCAAAUGUGAAGAGAAAGUUCCCUAUUGCAGAGUGGGAGCAAACACACCACUGAUAGAAGAUCUAGUUUGUUUUAUUCAAGGAUUGAUAGAAAAAGAUCAACAGAGAGAAGAGGCAGAAUCCUUCAGAGCUGAAUCCUCUUUAGACUUCCAAGAGGAUCAAAAGCGAAAGCUUUCAGUCCUCCUAACAGGAGGAAAAACAAAAAUGGACAACUCAAUGUUUUACAUAGUUGUGACGAGUGACAUCCAACCUCAGCAUCUUGAAAAUAUAGCAUUCUUGGUCAACAUGAAACUUUUUUGCGUGUUUGAUUUUGACCCAAAUUCAGAAAUCUCUGGUCUUUAUGGUAAAUAUAAAGAGCAGAAGCCUGUAACCCCUCAUUUUCUUCAUGACUAUGAGAAUGUCAAAAGACUAGAAAACUCUGCUGUCAUUGAGACUCUGAAGCUGUUUGACCGAGUCAGUUGGAUUUUUUGCAAUGGACGAAACAACUUUCCAAGUGGGGAACAUCCAGUUGAUGAAAAAACCUGGAUCAAGACAAGAAAAAAGAAAAUGAAAAAAGCUGUGACUUUUAUUUGCAAUGAGGUCCUCCCAAAGAGUUCCUUUGUGGUCCUUUUUCUACUCACAUCUGAUGUUAAGCAACCAGUUGUUGAUACAUUUCAUGAGUUCUAUGCAGAAAUGAAUGGACACGACUGCUUGACAGUCAUUGCAGAGACAAAGGAAAUCUACAAAAAGUGGUCAAGUCUUGCCCAAGUGUCUUGUGCCAAGUCUACACUUGAUGAAAUCAGCAUUGUUGAUAUGCCACUGAGUCAUGUAGACGCAACCGUUCAAAGCAUUCAGCUGUCAAAGAACCAGCCAGAAAGGAAAUUGCCUGUCUCAAACGGAGGUCUGUGCUUCUUGAAAUCUGUGGAAGAGGCAAUGCUGGAUUCUUUGGAAAUCAUCAGCGUUGACCAGUGUGAUGAUGCAAAUCUGGAGGUUAUGAGCAAUGAUGACAUUCAAGAAACUGAACUGUACUUCUAUCGAGGAGGAAAAAUAGACUGGAUCAACUUCUGGCUGGCUAACAAGCAUAAAUGCGGAGCCAUCAUUGAAAGAGAUGCCUACAAAGAAACAAAUAAAAUAAUGAGCCGCAUAGUUUCUCACACCAAAGAAAUCCGUCCCACAGAGUCUGUGAACAUAUACCAUAACCCUGGCAGUGGUGGAAGCACAGUGGCACGACAAAUCCUCUGGAGCUGGAGGAAAGAAAUACGGUGUGCUGUUGUAAAACAGGGUAAAGAAGUCACAACAGUGUGUGAGCAUAUGGUAAAACUGAGGGAACAUGAGGAGAAAGACAAAAACAAGUGUCUCCCAGUGCUUGUUCUGUUGGAGGACCAAAACCUAGAUUAUGUUGAUGAUCUGAGACGUCAUCUCACAAAUGUCAUUACUACCAAAAAGAUGAAUCCCUCUUUACUGUGUUUCAUUCUGCUGAUCUGCAACAGAUCAAAUGAUCCAGAAAAAAUGCGACGAGCAUUGUCAUCUCAAACCAUAGCAGUCACAUACAAACUGUCAGAUGAGGAAAAGCCUUUGUUUGAAGAAAAGAAGGCAUAUCUCAAGCAGAAGUUUGGAGAUAAGGAGUCAAAGAUCCAGGGCAAAACGGUUAUUUCAAAGGGGAAAUCACAGCUGGCAGUUACUACACAAACAGACAAACAUUCGUCAUCACAGUUUGAGCCAGAGUUGAAGUUCAUCUUGACAUUUGUUCUCAUGUCUAAUGAGUUUCAGCCAAGCUACAUCGAGAAUGUUGUCAAGAAUAUUCUGACUAAAAUUGAUCAUUCCUCCCAGGAUACUUGGCUAAUCAGAUUUGUGGCUCUCCUGAACACCUACAUCAAUGAUUCCACCAUCUCUGUGUCACACUGCGAGGCAUUCCUUGGCCUUUCUCUCCUUAAUAAUGAAGCUCGUUUUUACGCACUGGUGGAUAGACUCAGUGAAGAGGCGAAGCUUAUUUUCAUCCACCUAAGAGAAAGUUCAACACACAUCCAGUCCAUUCGGAUCAUCAAUCCACUAGUAGCAAAGGAAAUACUCACUCAACUCUCUGAAAAAUUGCCACAAAGUGAGAUUGCCAUGAAGCUCAUCAAUGAUGAAGUUCUCAUGAAUCACAGAUUUGCCAGAGACGAAUUCCUUGAAGUCAUCAGAACACUUUUCAUAAGGCGCAACAAAAUAAGCAGAGGAGAUCCAAAAAACACAGCAUUUUCACCACUCAUUGAACAUGUCACUACUGAAAAUGAUGGUCUACAGAGAGCUGUAGAUCUGAUGAAAGCUGCAUUUUUGGCUUUGGGAAAAGAUCCCUAUGUUGCGCAACAGCUUGCUCGGCUGCUUUAUACAAAUUUGAGGUUUGAAGAAGCUCAACAUUGGGCAGAGGAGGCAAAAUCUCUUUCUCCACAUGACACAUUUGUGCUGGAUACACUGGGACAGGUUUACAAAUGGUGGUUUAACCACUUGUGUGAUACCCUUGAAGAGACAGAACCGUCACCUGAAAGAGGGGUUGAAAUCAUUGACAUUGCACUCAAAGCAAUUGCUGCCUUUCGAGACUCUGAGAAAACCCAAAAGAAGGAAACAGCUAGCCUAAAUAAUUCGUACUACGGGGAAGUUGAUGUUGGCUGCAAAUUGCUAAAAUUCCUGUCCAGCGUGACAGUUUUUUCAAACACUAAUGGAAUGUCAGACUUUUUGAGGUACUUGCUAACAGAUUACAUUCCCCCUGAGGUCAAAACCCCUUGGAAAAACUUUCAUCACCAGCUAAAAGGCUUACAAAAGAACUUGCACCAGGCACUUGAGUGCCUUUCUUUAGACCAAACCGACAUCAGUGAGGAGGAAGAAGAGCUUGAUGCCAGAGAUCCAGAACAAGUAUACAAGCCACGAGAAUGGUUAACAAGGAAAAGUGUUGUCUAUGCUGGAUUCUUUUGCUGCAUACCCGAAGACACCGAAGAAGCAAAUGAAAGCAUCGGUAACAAAGCUGAACUGCCCACAGAAAAACUUUCUCCAUUUCAGAGACAGAUGUGGACAUACAAGCUUGGUGGAGGAAAUAUUACAGCUAUUCUGUCUUUACUCUAUGAAAAAAAUGCAGAAAAAGCAGGAAAAAAACUUGAACAAAUCAUGGCCUUGUAUCCAGAAAAUGUCACAUUGCAGAGUCUUGACGAAAAAGAGCUCACAAACUUCCUCUUCUGCCAGAUAGCUCUGAAUUGCAUUAAGCCUGGUUCUAUACAGAUAUUGCCCAUUGAAAAACUCAAAGACCUUAGCAAAAAAUUUAGGACAAAGGGGAACACCAUGUCACCAGCAAGCUCUCUCUUCCUUCUCUCUCUUCUGCUUUGGCCUGAGGACAGCAGUGAGCUCAGUUCUGCUGAUGAACAGAGACUGCUAUCCGCCAUUGACACCCUGCCAAGACUCUGCGAGCAAAAAACCCAACAAAUGUCUCAGAGGAAAAGCAGAAUUGCAACUCAUUUCUUUUUGGGAAAGGCGAAAGGCCUCAACAAGAUUAUUCACAGAAGAGUUAUCGAAAAAGGAAUAAAAGGGAAUCUGAGUGAAAGAAAGCUAAAGUGGCUCGGCGGGGAGGUGUGGAAAACCAAAGAAGUUGUGCAACAACUGAAACGGAUCGAAGGCUGGACAGAAAAUGAAAACUUGUACAUGAAAUGUGGAAAAAGUGACAAAAAAAUCAGAGUAAUUCCUCGCUACUCUGCCUCUCUGCCAUAUGGAAAUGAAAGGGUCACAUUCUAUUUGGGUUUUUCCUUCGAUGGUGUGCUGGCUCAUGACAUCAAAAUGAAAGAGUAAUGCAAUCUAAAUAUUUAAACCUGCAAAACAUGUAACCUUUUAAUCUUUUUUAUGUAAAGAUACUGCUUGUCUUUAUUUUGGACUUCAAUGAUCUCAAGUUUGCAUUUUUUAUGUCAUCAACUUUUUCCAAUGUUGUAUUUGAUCUUUGAAUAAGACUAAAAUGACUGAAUCUUUAAAUGUUAUGUUCUUUAAGUGCCACAGUGGCUUUGAUAUUAUUUGUAUUAGUGAGAUUUUCAUAUAUGAGAUAGAAUUAAGAUUUAUUUUCAUAAAACAUUUGGUGAGUUCUUGUCAUGCCUUUCUGAAAGAAACCUUUAUCGAUUAUACUGUAUAUGGGAGGUGAUGCAUGUUUUUAAAUAUCCACUUAGGUUGUAAACAAGAAUUAAGGUGAUUUUUUUCAUACUUUUUAUUUGUGUUUAUUUUGUAACUUUUUUUAAAAAAUCUGCAUUUUGUUGUUGUUGAAAUCCAUGUACCUCAAACAUCUUUAAAAGUUGUAUACUUUUUUUCACUUUUGGCAUUUAUAAAACUCUAAAAACAGAAUUAAAAAGAUGUCAACU